AUGAACACCAAUGUCUGCGUGGAGCCCGGGCCGAGCCCGGAGGCCCCGGGCUUGCCCAAGGAAAGCCACCUGCCCGAGGGGGCCCUGAACAGCCUUGUGGAUUACAACUCGGAGAUGGAGCGCUACCGCUCCUUUGCCACCUCCUUCUACAAGACCAACGGGGGCGCCUUCCCGCAGGCGGCCAAGAUCGCGCGCAUCACCACCCCCAUCUUCCCCAGCAGCGCCGCCGCCGCCGCGGCCGCCGCGCGCAUCGGCAUGUCCCCCUGGAACUGCGACAACGCGGCCACCGCCGCCGCCGCCACCGCCAUGCUCUGGGGCAGCGGCGGGGGCGGGGGCGGCGGCGGGGGCGGCGGGGGCGGCGGGGGCGGUGGCGGGGGCGGCGGGGGCGGCAGGAAAUCCUCCUCCGCCGCCGCCUCCUCCUCCGCCUCCUCUUCGGCAAUUCUCCCCGCCGGCGGUGGCGGUGGCGGCGGCGGCGGCGGCGGUGGCGGCGGCGGCGGCAGCAGGACCAGCAUGCACCACCGAAACGACUCCCAGAGGCUGGGGAAAGCUGGCUGCCCGCCAGAGCCGUCGUUGCAAAUGGCAAAUACUAAUUUCCUCUCCACCUUAUCCCCUGAACACUGCAGACCUUUGGCGGGGGAAUGCAUGAACAAGCUCAAAUGCGGCGCUGCUGAAGCAGAGAUAAUGAAUCUCCCCGAGCGCGUGGGGACUUUUUCCGCUAUCCCGGCUUUAGGGGGCAUCUCAUUACCUCCAGGGGUCAUCGUCAUGACAGCCCUUCACUCCCCCGCAGCAGCCUCAGCAGCCGUCACAGACAGUGCGUUUCAAAUUGCCAAUCUGGCAGACUGCCCGCAGAAUCAUUCCUCCUCCUCCUCGUCCUCCUCAGGGGGAGCUAGCGGAGCCAACCCGGCCAAGAAGAAGAGGAAAAGGUGUGGGGUCUGCGUGCCCUGCAAGAGGCUCAUCAACUGUGGCGUCUGCAGCAGUUGCAGGAACCGCAAAACGGGACACCAGAUCUGCAAAUUUAGAAAAUGUGAAGAGCUAAAGAAAAAACCUGGCACUUCGCUAGAGAGAACACCUGUUCCCAGCGCUGAAGCAUUCCGAUGGUUCUUUUAAAGCAGUAGUGUAUCUUAUUUUCAAGGCAUUUGGAAGUGAAGGGCAAACUAAUGUCUUGUUUUAAGAAACUGCUUAGUCCACCACUGAAGAAAAUAUCCAGAUAUUAUUUUCAUUUUAUGUAUAGGGGUUUCUUCCAAAAAAAAACAAAAAGGAAAAGAAAAGAAAAAUGACAUAUAAAAAUAAUCCGGGAGCUUGGGGAAUUGGCCAGUCUAUUUACUUUCAAUACACUGAUUCUUUCUUUGAUGUAAUUUAGCUAUCCUAGUGAAGUUGUUGUCUAUUUUGAAAGUGGCUGUAAAAAAUAAGUUUGGGUAAACCCCUGCUGUAAAAUCAUGUAUCUUUACAAAGUACAUAUCUAUACUUCAUUUUCAAAUAUAUGUGUUUCAGUACUGUAAACUGUACAGAUAGCAGCUUGUAUUUUGUGUGUUUAGACACAAGGAGACAAUCACGUCUGAGCAUCUAUGGAGAUUAACAGUUUGUACACAACAGUAUGGUUCUGAGAGUUAAAUCUGGAGCAAUAAAUUUUAGCUUUAAAUAUUUUUUGCCAGUUGUUUCUAGAAGCAGCAACAGCAGGGGCAUGUUUUGCCAUGCAUCUUUCCGUAGAGACUUGAUGCCAAGUUUUACAAGACUGAAAGAUUAUGAUGCAUCCAGCAACUACCUUCAGUUGUAUUGUUAUAAGAGGGGAAGAUGUUAUGAAAGUUUCAAUUAACCUUUUGAGCACUAUAUUAGAGUAGUGAUUAUGCACUUGCAUUGCUUACAAACAAGCUGUACAGAAGGGUAUACCUCCCAAAUACUUAGUGUAGUUGACUUGUCUUGGGUUGCACUGUAAGGCGGAGUACUCAGAGUAGUUGGGAACAUGCAGAAUCAGUUGUAUAAAUUAAAAAAAAGAAAAACAGUGUUUUCUAGGAUACAGAGAAAAGUAUCAUAUCUUAGGGGGAGAAAUUCAUGAUUGACUUUCUUUUCUCAGCCCAACAUGGAGUAUAUGUAUUUUUUGUUUGUUUAUAUUUUGCUCUUUUUUUUUUUUUGGUAGGAAAAAGAAACACUUAA